AUGCCGUACAACAACACUCCCAUCGCGCCUCGUGCACCCGAGAUCACCGGCACCGUUUCCCUUCCGCUCGCCCGCGUUAAGAAGAUCAUCGCGACCGAUCCCGACACAUCUGCAUGCAGUGCCAACGCUGCAUACGUUAUCACCGUUGCAACCGAGAUGUUUCUCCAACAUCUCGUCGAGCAGGCCUACAUGCAAGUUCGCUCCGAGCACUCCCAGAAACCUCGACGCAACAUUCAAUAUCGAGACGUUGCGAAUGCAGUGGCACGUGUGGAGAAUCUAGAGUUUCUGGGAGACGUGGUACCGAGGACUACGACUGUGAAGAAGUGGAGAGAGGGAAAGAGCAAGAAGGUUGUCGAUGUGGAGGAGAAAGGGCUGGCUCAGGGUAAGCUAGGGUUUGAGGGGAGGGGAACCAAGGUCGGGGAUGUUGUUGUAGGUGGUCAGAGCGAGGCGCAAGAGGGUGCGGAGAGGGAAGGCGAUGUUGUCAUGAACGAGGGCUGA